UCUGGUGUUUCGAAGAAUGUGCCCUUACAGAAGAAGAGGAAUACGAAUUCAUGCACCACCAUCGAGCCAUGCCGUAUUGAACGUCGCCGGCAUCGAGAAUUGUUUCACUUGAUCAACUUGAAAGAUCGUGACAGCUUGCUACAAGCAAAUUGUUGCCGAGCGAAGAAAGUGACUUUAGAAAAAAGGCAAGUGGAGUGAAGUGUGUUGUGUUAAAACUUCAAAGUGUACCAGUGUUAGACUUUUCCAAAAAUGUCCGGUUUCGUUAAAAUCGCGAUAGACGAUUACUAUUCAGACAACAAUUGGACGACAAUAAUUAAUAAAUAUUGGAUGCUAGCGGAAAGAGUCUCAGAUCCCAGGGUACAAGGAUGGUUUCUAUUCGACACACCAAUAGCUACCUUCGCGAUGGUGGUCGCAUAUCUCGCCAUCGUUCUGGUGAUAGGACCCUUAUGGAUGGCGAAUAGAAAACCAUUCCGCAUCAAGAAGGUUUUAGUCGGUUACAACGCAGCUCAAGUUUUUCUGUCUUCUUAUAUGUUUUAUGAGCACUUAAUGUCAGGUUGGUGGGCCGACUACAGUCUCUCUUGUCAACCAGUUGAUUACAGCGACAGUGAUAAAGCAAGACGGAUGUUACAUUUAUGCUGGGUGUACUACUUCUCGAAGCUAUCAGAAUUCGCAGACACAAUAUUCUUCGUGAUACGAAAGAAGAAGAGCCAGAUCACGUGGCUUCAUCUUUACCACCAUUCGUUAACGCCAUUCGAAGCUUGGCUUUUAGUCAAAUUCAUCGCAGGUGGCCACGGAACCUUCUCGAACAUCGUGAACAACCUCGUCCACAUCAUCAUGUACAGCUACUACAUGAUGGCGGCCAUGGGACCGCAGUACCAGAAAUACUUAUGGUGGAAGAAGCAUCUAACAACGUUACAAUUAAUCCAAUUCUUUAUGGUGCUCUUCCACUCCAUAAGCGCACUGGUAUACGACUGUGGAUACCCAAAAUUCAUCGCCUCGGGCCUGAUACUGCAUUCAUCCAUCUUCAUUGUUCUAUUCACAAACUUCUACAUGCAAGCGUAUAAAAAAGAUAAACCAAAAACGACAGUGGAUGUAUGCAAUAACGUCACUAAUGGCUUCAUUCCGAAUGGACACGCGAACGCAAACGGUCACGUUUCAGUUAACCCAAUAGAUAGAGCAAACGCUUAUGAAAACAUAACCAAUAGUUACAUGGACGAAUUACAUUCAUCCGACGCAUUCAUAAACGACACAAAUCUAACAAACGGCUACAUAAACCAUAUCGGUAUGAAAGAAAAAGUGCAAUAAACAAAAUAGUGAUUGUGGAAAACGAAAGACUUUGUAAAUAGUUUACUUUUAAUACGGUACAAAGACUUUGCUACAGAAAUGGUUAUACAAUUAAUACU